AUGCUUGCAGGUUGUGAGAUGAAGCAACCACUAACACAAAGUCAGUCUAAGGAUCCACUGAAAAGUUCUGCUGGCUCGAAUGAACACUUGGAUGGAACUGAUGCCUCCAGAUUCUAUCAAGGUUACCAGCUAAGCAUGAGUGAUCUACGAAAAGCGACCAGUGCGUCCAAGCAGACAGCCGGCUGUCUGUUCACCAAUUUCGAGGAUGUACGACUCACCGAUGAAGAACGUGUAUAUUUGAAUGCAGCUGCCACAGGAGAUAUUGGGAUUAUUCGCAUGUCACUUGAGGAUUCAGAUGACAGUCCCGAGUUCAACGUGAAUUGUGUAGACUAUAUGGGUCGAAAUGCGUUACAUCUGGCAGUGGAUUCAGAAAACACUGAGGCCAUGGAAAUGCUGUUGGAUAAACUAAAUUUCGAAUGCAUUGAAGAGGCCUUGCUGCAUGCGAUCAGUAAAGGACAUCCCAAACUGGUUCGUUUGAUCAUUGAGCAUCCAAACUAUCAGGCUGGUGAGGAUCAAAUCAAAAGAAUGGAUUCAAAAAAUGCAUUCUUCCGCACCACGGAAAAAAGUCAAUUCUCCCCGGAUAUCACCCCGUUAAUAUUGUCCGCGCAUUACAACAACCACGAAAUGGUCCAGAUGUUCCUUUCUCGAAAUCACACGAUUGAUAAACCGCACCCAAUCUCAUGCCAGUGUAAUGACUGCCAAGUCAGGCAGGAUUACGACUCCCUGAAACGCUCCCGAUCGCGGCUUAAUGCGUAUCGGGCUUUGGCAAGUCCAUCCUACAUGGCCCUGAGUAGCCCAGAUCCCAUCAUGACCACGUUCGAAUUACGACAAGAAAUGAUGAAGCUUGCAGAAAUUGAAAAAGAAUUUAAAAAAGAAUACUUAAUGCUUGUGGAGCAAUGCAUGAAUUUUGCCUGUGAAAUGAUGGAUCUGUGCCGUGGGACGCAAGAGGUCGAGGCAGUCAUCUCGGACUUUCUAGAGGAUGGGACCAAUAUCCGAGAUCCCCUGGGUCGGUUACGGCUUGCAAUCCGUUUCGAGGAGAAAAAGUUGGCCCGUUCCAUGCGCUGUCCGGCUGCCAAGUUCGCCACCCACGUUGUUUCGCACUUUCUAUUCCUCAUCCUCUUGGCUGCUGCCACCUUUCGAUUGGAAGAGAAUUAUGAUUCUUUACUGGAUGAACAAAUGCUCGGCUCAGGUAACGAGGAGACCAUACGGCAAUGGGUGCAGAAAAAUUUUCGGCCAUCUAAGGCGAUUAUCACACAUGUGCAAAUAUGCAUCGUGCUAUGGGUUGCUGGUCUUAUCCUGGCCGAUGUGAAACACAUAUAUUUUGCCGGAUUCAGGUCUUACAUUUCAAAUUCGUACAAUAUUUUGAAUUUCUGCAUCCUAUCCAUGUAUAUCGGCUCGUACACUUUGCGGAUAAUCGUGGACCGAUGGGUUCGUGAAUCAGACGUGUUUUUCAACGCGACCGCCAAAAUCAAUCACUUGUUGGACAAUAACAACAGUGUGCUCGUGCAUCAAAUGGUACAGAACUGGACGCAAUCGGAACAUUUUGACAAAAGUUACUUCAUCACUGCUUGUAAGUUUAAUCCGGUCCCGUGCGAACCGUUUGUCCCGGAUCUGGAGAACUGGUAG